AUGCCCGCGGUUGCCGGACGCAGUGCUACGCAAGCCCGGGCUGGGCCCACGAUCUCCGAGGUGGUCCACAGCUUCUGGAGCAUGCGCUCUGGAGGGCACAGUCAGCACUCUUACCUGCGAGAUGUGCAGACCCGGGACCUGGCGUUGGUGGUGGCGCUCAUCCUUGGUGCGAGCUUUCUGGCACUGAUGCUGGUCGUGACAUUCCGAAAAGGACAAGACGACAAAGGUCAGGUGCUCGCGGUCGGUCGCUUCGGGGCUUACUGUGGCACCAGUUCCGUGGUGUCCGGCGUGGCCGUGGGUGCUUUUCUGGGCGUGCCGUACGCCGACCCACGAACGCUGCGCUUCGGAGCCCCUGUGCCCUGGCACCGCGAGCAGGAGAUGUUCGACAACACAGCGCCCGCACCGAGUUGCGCACAGACGUUGCCAAGCCUUGAUGAGAUGAAUGCGAGCACAUCUGAGGACUGCCUGCACGUCAACAUCUGGGCUCCAGCCUGUGGAUCUCGCCCAUGCAGCGGCAAUAGGACGGUCGUCGUCUUUAUUCACGGCGGAUUUUUCCAGACGGGCAGCAACAACGACCUUCACUACGACGGCCGUGCUCUGGCCGCCUUAGGUGACGUUGUCGUCGUUGUCCCCAACUGGCGGCUGGGCGUGCUGGGAUUCCUUCGCCUGUCGCGGAGUGACGACGUGCCCAUCAACGCCGGCCUGCUGGACCAGGCGGAGGUACUGCGCUGGACGGCGAGAAACGUGGACGCCUUUGGCGGCAACAAGUCUGACCUGGUGGUCGUCGGCCAUGGGUCCGGCGCCUCUGCUCUCGCUUACCACCUGAUGUUGGGCCAGGGUCUGAGUAACGUCGCUCCGAUCCUCAAGGUUGUUUUCAUGAGCGAGAGCCCAAUGACCAGGUGUGGUGUCGUCGUCUUGAUAAUCGUCUCCCUUAUGUCCAAAGAAAUUGUAUGA